AUGCUGCUGUGUUCGACUGGGAGCAUGGCCCUUCAAGACGUGCGUGGCUCAGUGCCUUUGAGGCUCGAGCUCUGCAAGCGAGUGAAGGAUGCCACCAUCUCGUUCGCACGCAGCUCCGGCCCUGGUGGUCAGAAUGUCAAUAAAGUCAAUACCAAGGUCCUGGCCCGUCUUCCUUUAGGGGCCCACUCUAGCGUGGCUCUUCCUCCGCCGCUGAUCAAGUCCCUGGCCACACAAUCUCCUCUCUACAUUCAAGCGACACACGCCUUGCAAGUCACUAGCGAUCGAUACAGGUCUCAGUCACAAAAUAUCCAAGAUGCUCUCUACAAGUUGCAGGCUGAAAUAGUCCGUGUCGCUUCCAUCGGAUUACAGGGCGAGACAUCCGUGGAGCAGAAAAAGCGCGUGGAGAUGCUCCAGCAUCGUGAGCGAGAAAAGAAACGCAAAGCCAAGCAAAUGCGUAGUAUGACAAAAAGCAAUCGGCGUGCGAAGCCUUAG